GAUAGAUGUUGGGUAUGAUUAAGUUUACGCCGUACUCACUGGUUUGACCUCCGCGGCUUUGAAGGGUCGAGAACUUACUCGAAGGGUGGAACUUUGGAACAGAUCGUCACAUUAAGGCUUCUUUUCAAGACCUUCAAUCAUGGCAGAUCCAGAAGCAGCUGCAAAAUUCAGCUCAAAAAACGAGUUCCCUGAGCUUCUUAACGACCCAAAAUGCAAUCCCAAAAGCUUAGUGAAGAAGCACCUUUCUAAGAAAGUGUUUGAUUCACUCAAAGCCAAGAAAACUAAGCUUGGAGUCACACUCUGGGACUGCAUUAACUCUGGUGUUGUCAACCUUGACUCUGGUGUUGGUGUUUACUCAGGUGAUGAAGAGUGCUAUACUCUCUUUGGACCUCUUUUCAAUGACGUCAUCGAGGACUACCACGCUCCUUACAAGCUCCAAAAGGGGCAUACCUCUGAUAUGAACCCCGAAAAGGUCAACGCCCCAGAUCUCGACCCUUCAAAUGUCUACAUCCGCUCAACAAGGAUACGCGUGGCACGUAAUCUUAAGGGAUACGCCCUCACCCCUGGCUUGGGCAAAGAUGCACGUGUUGAGCUUGAGAARAAAAUUGUGAAAGUUUUAACGUCUUUGACUGGUGACUUGGCAGGAACGUACUAUCCUCUUACUGGCAUGGACGAGAAGACGAGRCAGCAGCUUGUUGACGACCACUUCCUCUUUAAGAAAGGUGAUCGCUUCCUCGAAGCAGCUGGGGUAAACAAGGAGUGGCCAGAAGGGCGUGGCAUCUUCCACAACAAUGACAAGACCUUCUUAGUGUGGGUGAACGAGGAAGACCACCUGAGAAUUAUCAGUAUGGAGAAGGGUAGCGAUAUUGGCUCAGUAUUCAAUCGCUUGUGCCGUGCUGUAAACGAGAUUGACAAGCAGCUUGGCUUCCAGCACACGAAGCAGCAUGGGUACCUCACCUCAUGCCCUUCMAACCUUGGUACGGGCAUGCGUGCUAGUGUUCACGUUAAGAUACCUCGCGCCAAAGGAAACCCAGAUUUUGACAAYAUMUGUGAGAAGUAUCAUAUACARGCUCGGGGAAUUCACGGCGAGCACUCGGAAUCCACCGGAGAAGAUGCGGGUGUCUACGACAUUAGUAAUCGUAGAAGACUCGGAUUGUCCGAAGUUGAAUGUGUACAGGACAUGUACAAUGGCGUWAAAAGCUUAAUGGAGAUUGAGAAAGCAGCUGUUGAAAAGGAGCGCUCAGUCUUCCCAGAAGUCCUGAAAAGUGAUGAUGUGAAAUCCCUUCUCAAGAAACAUCUUUCUCAAGAAAUCUUUGAUUCUUUGAAGACCAAGAAAACAGCAAAGGGCUUCUCCAUUUAUGACUGCAUCAACUCCGGUGUAAAGAACCUUGAUUCCUCCGUUGGUGUGUACGCUGGAGACGAGGAGUGCUACAGCCUCUUCUCUCCCCUCUUUAACAUAAUUAUUGAGGAUUAUCAUUCCCCAUACAAGCUUACUGACAAACACACAUCCGAUAUGAACCCGGAAAAGGUAAAAGCACCYAAUCUUGAUCCUAAAGGCAAUUUCAUUCGGUCGACUAGGAUUCGUGUUGCAAGGAAUUUGAAGGGCUACUCCUUGACUCCUGGUCUUUCAAGAAAUGAACGAAUAGACAUCGAAAAGAAGGUAACUGGGGUUCUCUGUUCCCUAACUGGUGAUCUUGCAGGAAAAUAUUAUCCACUGACAGGAAUGGACGAACAGACAAGGCAAAAGCUUGUCGAUGAUCACUUCUUGUUCAAAAAGGGCGAUCGCUUCCUGGAAGCUGCAGGYGUGAACAAACUUUGGCCGGAAGGACGUGGUAUCUUUCACAACAACGACAAGACGUUCUUAGUCUGGAUCAACGAGGAAGACCAACUUAGGAUCAUUAGCAUGGAAAAAGGAAGCGAUAUUGGCUCGGUCUUCAACAGAUUGUGUAAAGCAGUCAACGAGAUUGACAAGCAACUUGGUUUUCAACACACUGAAUCCCAUGGAUACCUCUCUGGUUGUCCUACCAACCUUGGAACGGGAAUGAGAGCCAGUGUYCACGUUAAAAUCCCAAAGGCAAGCGAGCAUCCAGAUUUCCAAAAGAUCUGUGAYCAGUUUCACAUUCAAGCCCGAGGUAUCCAUGGUGAACACUCGGUGUCUACUGGUGAAGAUGCAGGCGUGUUUGACAUCAGUAACCGUCGUCGUCUUGGUCUGUCUGAAGUACARUGUGUACAAGACAUGUACAAUGGAGUCAAGAAGCUUUUGGAAAUAGAGCAGGCUUAAGAACGAUUGACGAGAAUUAUAAAAAGAGCAUAGCCCUACAUGAUGAAGCAUUUUCAAUGAAUGAGUCUUGGAGUGAAUCACCAAAGAAAAUGUAAUGGAACAUUUUUGAUAAACCAUGUAGUUAGUUUUCUAUUGUCUAGCAUUUUUGUUUACGUGUCUAGAAGGAAAAUGUCUUUAGAAUAGGCCAGAGUACCUAUUACAUCAAAUUGUCUGAUUUGGACUUUUUUUAGAACCCAAUGAGGAUUAAUAAAUGACGACUUUYACAUGAA